AUGGCUUCUUCUUCUCUAAUAUUUUUUACGAUAAUUUUCUCAAUGUGGCUUCUAAUUUCCUCCUCAGAGUCCACAGAACAUUUUGUUGGAGACAGUACAAGGUUAUGGAAGGUCCCUCUUCCAUCAGAAGAAGCACUCUUCAACUGGGCUUCCACCCACCACUUCACAAUCGGCGAUACUAUCGUGUUUAAGUACAGUAGAAAAUUCGAAUCGGUGUUUGAAGUGAGCGAACGUGACUAUCGAAGAUGCAUUACAAAGGGAUCUCGUCGCAAGGAGUUCCACGGCGGUAAUUCGAGGGUGGUGCUUGAUAAAUUAGGAGCACGGUAUUUUGUGAGUGGAAGAAGAACUCAUUGUUUGCAAGGGUUAAAGCUAGCAAUAGUUGUCAUGCCUCCGUCUGCACCUCCGUCACUGUCGAUAUCGCCACCGUCAUUAACAAUAUCGCCUCCAUCGCUGACUCUUCCUCUGGCCCUGCCAGCGUCACUGUUACUGUCACCGUCACCGUCACCGUCACCUUCACCUUCACCUUCACCUUCACCGUCGCCAAAUUCAUCUGGUAGUAAAGGUGGUGGUGCCAAUGAACGUGGAUUUAUGGUGUGGUUGGGGGUUUCGAUGGUUAUGACGAUGUUGUUAAUUUGA